GAAAAUACAACUAUCGGAAGGAUAUAUUUAAUGCGACACUUGAUGACAGUUUUUAAAGGGAAAGGUGUUGUUACAAAGAUACUAGUCUCAUGUGACCGACCUGAACAUGGUAUCUGGCCAGGACAUGAGAGAUAUGGCUUUAAGUUCCAAGAUUACAAAGAUAGUAACUUUUACUAAGACGCUAACUGUUCUCAGAUCGCAGGGAAAUAUGACAUGCAAAAGGAGGAGGAGCUUCGGUUCUGGAUCGAGGAAGUGACGGGGAUGGCCAUAGGAGAGAACUUCCAGAAGGGUCUGAAGGACGGAAUCAUCCUGGGAGAAUUGAUAAACAAACUGCAGCCCGGCUCGAUAAAGAAAAUUAACCACUCACAACUGAACUGGCACAAGCUUGAGAACCUUGGCAACUUCAUCAAAGCCAUCCUGGCCUAUGGCAUGAAGCCUAAUGACAUCUUUGAGGCCAACGACCUGUUUGAGAACGGCAACAUGACCCAAGUCCAGAGCACAUUGCUCUCCCUGGCCAGCAUGGUGAGGGGGGGGUACACUUUCCUACAUGUUUUCUGUGAUAAUACUUUUUAUUUUUUCAAAACAUACAAGAAGACAUGUUAUGGUAAUUAG